GCCGCGCCGCGCCGCCCCCGCACACAAGUGCGAGCGCCGGGCGGCGGGGCCGUGCCGGAGCUUGCGGAGCCGCGCCGGGGGCAUGCAGAGCUGCGGGCGCUGGUGGGGGCGGCUGGCGGCCCGCGGGGCGCCGCACCUGCGGGCGGCGGCGGGGCAGCGGCGCUGGGGCGGCGGCGAGGCGGCGCGGUGCAUCGAGCAGCUCUUGCCGCGGCACGAUGACUUCUCCCGGAGGCACAUCGGGCCCCGGGAGCAGGAGAAGAGGGAGAUGCUGCGAACCGUCGGGGUGCAGAGCGUCGAGGAGCUGAUGGACAAAACCAUCCCGGCCAGCAUCCGCCUCCGGAGGCCGCUGAGGAUGGAUGACCACGUCUGUGAGAAUGAAAUCCUUGAAACUCUACACGAUAUUGCAAGCAAGAACCAGAUAUGGCGGUCCUACAUCGGCAUGGGUUAUUACAACUGCUCGGUGCCCCAGCCCAUCGCACGCAACCUGUUGGAGAAUGCAGGAUGGGUUACCCAGUAUACUCCUUACCAGCCUGAGGUGUCCCAGGGCAGGCUGGAGAGCCUCCUGAAUUACCAGACUAUGGUGUGUGAUAUCACAGGAAUGGAUGUGGCUAAUGCAUCUUUGCUGGAUGAGGGGACAGCUGCUGCAGAAGCCAUGCAGUUAUGUCACAGACACAACAAAAGGAGAAAGUUCUAUGUAGAUGCCCGAUGCCACCCUCAAACUAUAGCAGUGGUCCAAACUAGAGCAAAUUAUACAGGUGUUACUACUGAGCUCAAAUUACCCCAUGAGAUGGAUUUCAGUGGAAAGGAUGUCAGCGGAGUGUUAUUUCAGUAUCCAGACACUGAAGGGAAGAUUGAAGACUUCUCUGAACUUGUUGAAAGAGCUCAUCAGAAUGGGACUCUCGCCUGCUGUGCUACUGACCUUCUGGCCCUCUGUAUUCUGAAGCCUCCUGGAGAGUUUGGGGUGGAUGUUGUCCUGGGUAACUCCCAGAGGUUUGGUGUCCCGCUGUGCUAUGGGGGACCCCACGCAGCAUUUUUUGCUGUCAAGGAAAACCUAGUGAGAAUGAUGCCGGGCAGAAUGGUGGGUGUCACAAGAGAUGCAAGUGGGAAGGAGGUGUACCGGCUUGCCUUGCAAACACGAGAGCAGCACAUCAGGAGGGAUAAAGCCACCAGCAACAUCUGCACAGCACAGGCUCUUCUGGCUAAUAUGUCAGCUAUGUUUGGUGUCUACCAUGGGUCUGAUGGAUUAAGGCACAUUGCAAGACGAGUACACAACGCUGCUCUCAUCUUGGCUGAAGGUCUCAGGCGAGCUGGUCAUAAACUACAUCAUGAUCUGUUCUUUGAUACCUUGACCAUCACGUGUGGAUGCCCAGUCAAAGAGGUUUUGGACAGGGCAGCUCUUAGAAAGAUAAAUUUUCGGAUUUACAGUGAUGGCAGACUUGGAGUAUCCCUUGAUGAAACUGUAAAUGAGAAAGAUCUAGAUGACAUAUUAUGGAUUUUUGGUUGCGAGUCUUCUUCUGAGCUAAUUGCUGAGGGUAUGGGUGAGGAAACCAAAGGCAUCCUUAGUACCCCAUUUAAGAGAACUUCCAAAUUCUUGACACACCAGGUUUUCAACAGCUAUCACUCUGAGACAAAUAUUGUGCGGUACAUGAAAAGAUUAGAAAACAAAGAUAUUUCCCUUGUUCACAGCAUGAUUCCCUUGGGGUCGUGCACAAUGAAGCUCAAUAGUUCUGCUGAACUCACACCUAUUACAUGGAGAGAAUUUGCCAACAUCCACCCUUUUGUUCCUCUGGAUCAAGCUCAAGGGUAUCAGCAGCUUUUCAAGGAUUUAGAGAAGGACCUAUGUGAGAUUACAGGCUAUGACAAAAUCUCCUUCCAGCCUAAUAGUGGAGCCCAAGGGGAGUAUGCAGGCUUGGCUGCAAUCAAAGCUUAUUUAAAUGCCAAAGGAGAAUGUCACAGAACGGUUUGCCUUAUUCCUAAAUCUGCUCAUGGUACUAAUCCAGCAAGUGCACAAAUGGCAGGGAUGAAGAUUCAGCCAAUUGAAGUGGAUAAAAAUGGGAGCAUUGGUAUUUCUCAUUUAAAAGCAAUGGUGGACAAGCACAAGGAGAACUUGGCAGCCAUCAUGAUCACGUACCCUUCCACCAACGGCGUGUUUGAAGAGGAGAUUGGAGACGUGUGUGACCUCAUUCACAGACACGGGGGCCAGGUUUACUUAGAUGGAGCAAAUAUGAAUGCCCAGGUUGGUCUAUGUCGUCCUGGAGAUUAUGGCUCUGAUGUCUCUCACUUAAAUCUUCACAAAACCUUUUGCAUUCCCCAUGGAGGAGGAGGACCUGGAAUGGGACCAAUUGGAGUGAAGAAACAUUUGGCUCCCUACUUGCCUACUCACCCUGUGAUAAAAAUACAGCUGGAUAAGGAUGCAUGUCCUUUGGGUACUGUCAGUGCUGCACCUUGGGGUUCCAGUGCUAUACUGCCAAUUUCCUGGGUGUACAUCAAGACAAUGGGAGCAAAGGGUCUGAAGCAUGCUUCUGAGAUUGCUAUACUAAAUGCAAAUUACAUGGCAAAGAGGCUGGAGAAGCACUACAAAAUCCUUUUCAGAGGAGCAAGAGGUUAUGUAGCCCAUGAAUUCAUUUUGGAUACAAGACCUUUCAAAAAAACAGCAAACAUUGAAGCUGUAGAUCUUGCUAAAAGGCUUCAGGAUUAUGGUUUUCAUGCUCCAACCAUGUCCUGGCCAGUGGCAGGGACACUUAUGAUUGAACCUACAGAGUCUGAAGACAAAGCAGAGCUGGACAGAUUUUGCGAUGCAAUGAUCAGUAUUCGGCAGGAAAUUGCUGACAUAGAGGAGGGCAGGAUGGACCCCCAAAUUAACCCACUAAAGAUGUCACCACAUACUCUGAACUGUGUCACUUCUUCCAAGUGGGAUCGUCCCUACUCCAGAGAAGUGGCAGCAUUCCCGCUGCCAUUUGUGAAGCCUGAAAGCAAGUUUUGGCCCACAAUUGCUCGCAUUGAUGACAUAUAUGGAGAUCAACAUCUGGUUUGUACCUGCCCACCAAUGGAAGCCUAUGAAUCUCCAUUUUCUGAACAGAAGAGAGCAUCUUCCUAAGACUGUUUCCAGCUGCCUGCAUUUUUGACACCAUCCGAAUGGCCCUUUCCUGAUUUCCUGGGGAUAUUUAUACUUUGUAUAUUUUGAAUAAUCACCACGUUUGUGUAUUGAACCACUGCUCAGUUAAAAUGUAAAUACAAUCAGUACGUUAGGUUGUAAACACAAUGUGAUUUUUCCACAGUAGUUGAUCUUGGAAGUUGCCUUGAUUCAUCAUUUUGUCUGUUUUGUGCUAAAGUUUUAACAAUUAACACCCAAUUUGCAAAGUGCUAUGGAAGAUACAGUUAAAAAAGUAGAAAAGAUGCAAUACUAUGAUGCAACAUAAGGCAAUACUAAUAUAUAUUAACUGCAGGAGUAAUUGUUUAUAUUUUGUAAAAAAAGAUGAAGUAGAUUUUUUAAUUUACUUCACAUAUUACCACUAACUAGCAUUGCUAGUGUUAAUAUUUCAUACUGAUUUUUUUACCUAUCAGUGUUAGUAGUCUAAUAAAAUUGGUCAGAAUUUUAAAUGUUGUCAUGUUUUGGAUUUAAACUUUUCAGCUGAGUUUGUCCAACAAAGCAGUAUGAAAUUAUGGAGUUAAGUUAUGAUUUGUGACAAUUGCCGCAGCACCAACAAACUCACACAAAGGAAAAUACUGUCAGAGAUUAAUAUUUAAAUAAAUCUCCAAUUUUUUAAUGAGCCAGAAUGAUCCAUUUUACCAAGCAGUAACAAACUUAAUCUUGUUCUAUAUCAAAUAAAAUUUUUCUUAGUAGUUCCAUCUAAUCUUCUCUUAUUCUGGAGAAGGCAUAAAAGACCACUGUGAACUGCCUAGUAUUGCUUAAAUCUUGGGUAAAAAAAAUCUUUCCACAGUUUCUCAAUUCUGUCUCUGGUGCUUUUUUAUGCAGAGCACUCAGUUUGCCCUACUUUGUGAAAAACUGAUUCACAGCUUAAGCUGUGGCUCUCCAAGAGCAUCAGCAGCACUGACACCAGAGCCCUCCUGCAACACACAGUGCCAUGUUAAAUCACUCAGUAGCCAGAGCUCAGACCUUAAACGGGAGCCUUUUCCAGCAUGUUCCAAAUCAGAUCUACCUAAAACCAAUCCUCCCACUAUUUACAGUCAGACCUCUGUGCUAUGAGCACAUUUGAAAGGAACCUGCCCAGGUCUGUGCAGAGCUGUCUGUUUGAUGUACCUGAGCACCCCUGAAGGGACCAACUCAUUCAGCACAGUUGUGGUGAGUUAGGAAACGGGCACUCAGCAACACCAAGACCACAGAAAAGGACCACACAGUUUUGCACCUUACAACCACCCUCUACUCAACCUCUGCUUGAAGAGGUGCACAUGCACACUCUGCUGGGAACUCUGAAGUGACACAAAUGAGGCUGGUGUUCACAGCAAUAUUUUAAGUACUGUAAGUCUUUUACAGUGAAAGCUUUGGGACUGCAACUUUUCCAUUAUCUACCUAAUGACUUCAGUGGGAGGCUUUACCCAUGGAGACUGCAGGUGAUAGGAGAUAGGAAUGGCUUUCAUUAAAGAAAAGUCAGGCCAGAUACCAGUUUUUAUCUGAAAAGCUGUAUCUACAUCCUCAAUUGCCUUAAUACAUAUUGAAGAAAAUCAGAAUUUUACUCUAGAAUUCAGUACUGAAAAGGAUGUCUUUCAUGUAGUAGCUAGCAAUAGCUAUAGUACUAAGGAUGUAAAAAAAUCCUGAAAAGCCACUGCAGAUUUAUAAUGUGAGGAAAGGACAAUCUUUCUCUGUUGUCAAUCUAAUUCCCCAGUCUUGAAAAGCUACUUUAAUCUUUGUUAAAAGUGGUUUCAUGUUGCUUGAUUAUGUCAUUGAAAGAAAUAUUAAAAAUUGGUUUACAUAUUUUUGUAUAAAGCAAAUAACUUCCCACUGCUGAUCUCAAACUGACAAAAUUUAUCUUGUAAAUUAAUUGGUAAAAUCUAUCCAAUAGAAAAAAAAGCAUUAAAAUAUUUUACCAAAAGGUUGAAAGGCACAAGUCUUAUGAGCUUACUGCACAGAUGCAGUGGCUGUUAUGAAGGUGAAAUCACACUGUUGUCCCCAGAAAAUACUGAGCUAUCUGCAGCACUGUAGGCACAGGCUGUUGCUGCAAGCUCAGUGCCUACAGAGGGACUCUGGCUCACCCACCUGACCGACCGUGCAGGAGUGGCACAGCUCCCACCCCAGCCGUGUGACAACCCUUGUGACAGGCGGGGCUCCCUCCCACCCUGGGACACGGACAGAGCACUGCUGCAGGCUGUGGGCCAGCCCAUGGACAUCAGGGUCGCCUCUGGAUCAUGGUUUGGAGUUCGGCCUUUUCUAACAUUAAGUGUUCUUUUUAUUGAGAAAUGAGUUAAGGAAUAUAAAGCCUCACACCAGAAAAAUAAGGCCACCUAAGGAAAGCAUUUAGUAAUCUGAAAAAUAAGUUCUGUAAAGAUCUUAUGACUUAGUUAAGUGGAUAACAGUAAAAACAAAACUAGCAAAUUUUCUGAAUCAUAAAAUAUUUAAUAAGGUAUAUUUGGGGGGGGAUAUAUUGUAUAUAAAAUUUCAGAUCACAAUAUGAAGCGAUUUGAACCCUCUCCAAGCUAGCACUGCCUUUAAUGCUGUGUAGAUGUAUUGCCACUGAUACAAGACCUACUAAAAGCAUACAGUUUAACUAAUACAGAAGUGGCUUUUUUAUAUGAACUAUUUUUUACACAACUAGAGUGUCUUGAAUACCCUCUUUAAGUGCAAAAAACACAGAUCACUUUACACUAAUGCAGCAACAAUGCAUUCAUAUUGUUCUCAUUAGUCAUUAGUAGUCAACUUGCAUAAGAUACAAGAAAAGCACAAUGAAGCUCACAAAAAUAGACUAAAAAUCAGCCCAUUCUUGCAAAAAAUACAGCAUAAUAGAAGAAAAAGACAAAAAAGGGAUUAUGCACACCACAGAAUUUGCUGUUUAAUCCAAAUGGCUUAAGUGCUGAAUCUAUUUAUUUGUCCUGGUUUUUCUUUUGGUUUGGGUUUUGUUAUUGGGUUUUUUUUUUUUUUCUUUUUUUUUUUUUUU